AUGUCUGCACUACUUUGCUGCGAGUCCCUCAAGCCCUACAAGGCUCUACAUACCGAUCAUGAGGUCAGGUUCACUCAAUUCAUGGCCUGGGCCAAAGACAGCCAGCCGACAGUCAUAGAAGCAACUCCCAAGAUCGAUAGUUCCAACCGGAUUCCUCUCUAUGCAAUCCAGCUGGUGCGUCAAGUCAACUAUGGGCCGCUAGAGAGCAAGCGAUACUUUGUCAACUUUGCGGAUUGCACCCAUUCAUAUGUCGAGGUCGCUGAAGACUUCUUGAUCCAAAUCAACUUUCAGAAGGUCAAUUCGUUCAAGAACUUCAAAUGUGACAUUCACGAUAGGUUUUUCGAGAUCAACCUGUAUCAGAAGGACCCCGUCAAUAAGCAUCAUUGGAGGGCUAAUCUGGCCCGGCCUGCCAGCACUAUCGACCUCUGA